UGCUUCACUGCACCUCUUCUUCUCAUCCCAAUCUCUCACACGUAGUUUUCUCUCUCUCUCUCUCUCUCUCUCUCUCUCUCUCAUUCUGAUCACCACUUCUAUAAUGGCUUCUGAAUCUCCCAACAAGGAGUACGUGAUUUAUCGGCAUGAGAAAAUAGGGCUACUUGAUAUCCUAAGCCUUUUGAUCUUUAGAAGAUGCUUGCUGAGUUAUAAGUUUGUGGAGAUUAGUGAUGCAAAGAGCGUCGAACUCAGGAACGUGCAGGUCGACUCGCUCACAGCCAGAACCCUGCUUUGCCAAAAAUUUUUAUCGGCGAUUAGUAAGCCGUUGAAGAGUUUCGGGGGCAUCAUCGAGUUCCUGUUGAACUUGGUUGCUUUUAACGGUGGAAUACUACGUUUUAUAUUGAGUGCUCUCACAGGUAAGAUCAAGAUUCCGGAUCCUGAAGCAGCAUAUUAUAGAUCCAUCAUAGCCUAUAUUGACGAUCGGCUCGAUCUGUACAAAAGCAAAUCCUUCAUCGGCGAUUUCCCAUUAAUAGAGCCCAAAAAAGGCCGCUUAUAUGAAGAAUUUUCCGAACUCACCAUGAUGGCCUCAAAAGUAGCUUAUGAGAAUGCUGCUUAUAUCGAAGAAGCUGUUACUGACCACUGGAAGAUGCACUUCGUAGGAUUUUACAGUUGCUGGAACAAAUUCUUGAACAACUACACAACACAAGCUUUCAUCUUCUGCGAUAAGGCGGAAGACGCCAACUACAUCGUUUUGGCAUUCCGCGGCACUGAGCCUUUCAAUGCGAAAGACUGGGUCACCGACAUCGACCUCUCUAUGUUGUACAUGGGCAAGCUAGGUUAUGUUCAUCUCGGAUUUCUCAAGGCACUUGGCCUUCAAGAUGAAAAGGAUUACCGUAAAGGUUUCCCAAAGGAUUUUCCUGUGGAACCCGACCAGCCCAUCGCAUACUACACACUCAGAGCAGAACUUAAAUUGUUGCUAAGGAAGCACAAAAAUGCAAAGAUAGUUAUAACUGGUCAUAGCUUGGGAGGUGCACUUGCGACCAUCUUUCUAUGUUUGCUAGCAAUGCAUGAUCAAGUUGAUAUCUUGAAGUCACUGCUCGGUGUACUAACCUUUGGGCAACCUAGGGUUGGAAAUGCUGGCUUCCAAGACUAUGUCGACUCCGUUAUGAUAUCAAAUUACUAUAGGAUGGUGUACCGCUUCGACAUUGUCCCUCGGGUCCCCUUAGAUAUUCCGAUUAUCUCGCCUUUCAAACAUGGCGGUAUCUGCAUGUACUACAACGGAUGGUACGAAAGAAAGGAGGAUAAAGAAGUCCCAAAUCCUAACUACAUUGAUCCAAAAUAUAUUAUCCCCAUGUACUUAAAUGCUUGGGGUGACCUCAUCAAGGCUUUCUUCUUAGGGAAGACACAGGGAAAAGAUUUCAAGGAAGGGAUUAUCUCACUCCUCUAUAGGGCUCUGGGACUAAUUGUGCCUGGCGUUGCCUCUCACAGUCCUAGAGACUAUGUGAAUGCUGGCAGACUGGCCAAGAUGACUGCCAAGGAGGUCUUCUAUGAUAAAUCCUUUAUUAAUGAACAUGAGACCUACAUAUAAAGAGAGAUAGAUCUGAAGCCUUGUUCCAAGAUGGUUGAUGCAUGUUGCAUAAGUUAUGUUGACGUUUUCUCUCCCUUCGUUCCUAUGUUUACGACAUUUUAAUUUCUUGGUCUUUCUUGUGUGCUAGCUAGCUACCUGCAGUUUAUCCGUGUACCUUGUCAUGAAUGAUCAUAAAUAAUUAAUGCAUCAUAGAUUUGAUCUAUACAUAA